AUGGCAUACCCAUUCCAAAUAGGUUUUCAAGACGCCUCAUCCCCAAUUAUAGAAGAACUACUACAUUUUCAUGACCAUACCUUAAUAAUCGUAUUCCUUAUUAGUUCCUUAGUCCUUUAUAUCAUCUCCCUUAUACUAACCACUAAACUUACUCAUACUAAUACCAUAGAUGCCCAAGAAGUAGAAACUAUUUGAACAAUCCUCCCAGCCAUUAUUCUUAUCUUAAUUGCACUACCAUCUCUACGUAUCCUAUACAUGAUAGACGAAAUUAAUAAUCCAUCAUUAACAGUAAAAACUAUAGGUCAUCAAUGAUACUGAAGUUAUGAAUAUACAGACUACAAUGAUUUAUCUUUCGACUCCUAUAUAAUCCCAACAAACGAUUUAAAUCCCGGCGAACUACGCCUAUUAGAAGUUGACAAUCGAGUUGUAUUACCUAUAGAAUUAUCUAUUCGUAUAUUAAUCUCUUCAGAAGAUGUACUUCAUUCAUGAGCAGUUCCUUCCCUUGGACUAAAAACCGAUGCAAUUCCAGGUCGACUAAAUCAAGCAACCCUUACAUCCACACGCCCAGGCCUAUAUUACGGACAAUGCUCAGAAAUCUGUGGCUCAAAUCACAGCUUCAUACCAAUUGUACUAGAAAUAGUCCCACUAAAACAUUUCGAAAACUGAUCUUCUACAAUAACUUAA